AAAGUCCUCACGAAGCUGCAGCAUGUGCUCAAAGCUCCCAUCACUUUCAGAAGAUGAUCAUAAGACAGGAGGCCAACCACACACACACACAACGGUCACGCGUACUCUAAAGGAAAGGCGAGCAAAGUCCUCGCGAAGCGGCAGUGUGUCCUCAAAGUUCCCAUCACUUUCAGAAGAUGAUCAUAAGACAGGAGGCAAAGGAAAUAGGGACACAUCAAGAGGUAUGUCUUUGCAUCGCACAGUCAAAGAGAAGGGUACAAGUGCUAAAGAUGGAGGCGUCCUUCCACCUUUGUCACCAAGCUUCAACCUCACUUUGCCCAAAGCUCACAAAGAAGAAGCACAUGACACCUACCCAAGGACCCUGGCUGUCUCCUCUGAAAGCUCUGCCUUCUCGUGGAAUGUUGAGGACCAUGGAGAGGUUGCCUGGAAGCCAGGCUUGGAAGGUGCAGCAGCAUCCUCCAGUGCCCCUAAACAGAGGCGGUGUUAUUCACUCGGUCUGGCAAAUAGAAAAAGGAAGCUGCAAGUGACAGAGUUUGAGAAAGAGCUGCAAGAACUUCAACCUUCAGUCAACUCAAAGGCUAUUAACCCCACCACCCCUAUUAAAAAGAAUGCCAACAAAGAAAUGGGACAAGUGGCAAGCAUGGGUUUUCCACAAGAGCCUUGUCCCAUUGAAGGAGGAAUGAUGGUCUGGUUCAAAUUUCAGAAUCACCCAUUUUGGCCUGCAGUAGUAAAGAGUGUCAGCCAAACAGAGCAGACUGCAAGGGUGCUUUUGGUUGAGGCAAACAUGCACUGUGAAAUGAGUGGCAUUCGAGUUCCUCUUCGAAGAUUAAAGCACCUGGAUUGUAAAGAGAAAGAAAAACUAAUAAAGAGAGCCAGGAAAUUGUACGAGCAAAGUGUGAACUGGUGCUUCUCCCUGAUUGCCCACUACAGAGAAAGGCUCAGGCGAGGUUCUUUUGCAGGCAGUUUCCUGGACUAUUAUGCUGCUGACAUCAGUUACCCAAUUAGGAAAGCCAUCCAAGACAGGGAUCUGGAGAUUGAUUUCCCAAAGGUGAAUUAUGCCAACCUGGAAGAUUCUGAGGAGGAGACCUCCCUGGACGGGAAGAGGCCCUGCAAGAAAAUUCUCCCUGACCGGAUGAAGGCUGCUCGGGACCGAGCCAACCAGAAGCUAGUGGACUUCAUCGUGAAAACAAAGGGGGCCGAUCACCAUCUUCUGGACAUUGUCCAAGGCAGGAAACAGUCCAGGUGGCUGGUAUCAUUUAGGAAUUCGAGCAGGUACGUGAUCUGCGUUGAAACAUACCUGGAGGACGAAGACCAGUUGGAUGUGGUGGUAAGACAUUUACAAGAAAUCUACAAACAAAUAGACAAGAAAACGCUGAAUCUGGAAAGGGAUGACAAAGUGAGUUUUGUUCUGGAAGUUCUUCUGCCAGAAGCAAUCAUUUGUUCAAUUGCUGCACUUGAUGGAUUAGAUUACAAGGAGGCAGAAAAAAAGUACCUACAGGGGCCACCUGUGCAUUACCGGGAAAAAGAGCUAUUUGAUAAAAAUAUCCUAAAGAAAAUAAGAAAGAGAUAAGCAACAAGGAGCAAGACUAAUUAACUCCCCCUGUACCCACACUUUAGCAGGAAGACCUCUCAUUACCCUGUCUGUAUGAAAUGUGUGAUCGUUCCGCUCUCUAUGGCAUGUAAAUAUGUUCUGGAAAUUUGAGACCUUGGGAAUAUGCUGGAUUCAUUUUGGAUCCAUCUCUAGCACUUGUGGGUAGCACAGUCAUCAUCUUUUCUAGUACCCAAAUGCCUCACAAAUUAAUUUGUUAAAAUAUUGCAAACAGUUGUACUUCCCUCUACUUGCUUGGAUGUGUUAACUGUCCAGAUGUUUUCCUAACAUGGCUUUUAAGCGUACUUCAUAUUUUAAUAGAGCACACACACAUUAUUUUAUUACAUGGAAGAGCACUGGUAUCAAACAUUAAGCAACAAUCAUUUUUAAAAUCCAAGAUAGAUUCUUACAGAAACAAUCUGCAAUCUCUCAUUCUUUUUGUGACACCUGAGUAUAAAUGAUUGGGUUCCUUCUUAAGAUAAUUCCUGAAUUUUUUCUGCCAUGCUUGUUUGUUCGGGAAAAAUAGCCCUGAGAGCUGAAACCAAUGACAGAGAUGUUUUCUAUAUAUUAUCACUACCUUCAAAUGGUUCUUGCAAAAGCAGUCUGGAAUCCAAAGUUAAUGGAUCAUUUGCACGUAGUCCACACGUGGGUGAAUGAAAUCUCAACGUGCAGUAAACAUUUUGCCAGCCUGUGAAAGAUUGUUAAACUUUACUACAUUUCCCUGAGAUUCCACUUACGGAAGUAGCUCUUGUUCAAUGGCUGAAUGGUUUCCUUAAAACAGACAGGCUCCUGGCUGUCUUCUUAACUGACUGGAUCCUUUGCGUAUACUGGUUUAUCCCCAUGUGGAUGACAACUAGACUAAUCGUACACACCGUUUACCUAUUUUAGACCUAGGAGUUCAGGCUCACUGCUAAGAGCCCGUCUGAUUGGCACAAAUUGUAGGAAAGCUCGCAUUUUGCUCUGGACCUGUGUGCCCUAAAAUGCAGUCGUUUGUCUGAAGCUAAGCAAGCUUUCUCUUUUGACUUAUUCAUUGACUAACCCUGACAGGUUCCAACAGUUAUGCAGGCUGGAAAGUCAUUCCAGGCUGCUUGAGCAAUAGAUGGACCGGGAUCUGGGAACUUGGAAAUGGGCUACAGAAAAGUAUCCGUUUGGCUAAAUAUGGCUGUUGUCAGAAUACAAUGAAACAUAUGUAACUAAAAGAUAAAUUCUGAAGCCCAUGAAUUGUUAUCCUACUUGAAACAAGAGUUUUUUGAGACAAAAAAUGUUGGGAAAGCUAGUUUACUUUUAAAACUUGUUGUGAAAAUAAACACUAAAGGUUUAAUAUACACCUGAGUGCAUUUUUAUUCUCAGAGAGAGUCAACUAUCACUCACAGGCCCAUGUUAUGUGUCCACAUGGCCAUGUGAUUUGUGUGUGUGUAAAAUUUUCAAGAGCUAGCUGUUUUGAUUCACAAUAAAACCACUGUAUCUUUCACCUUGAACUUUUG